UCCGCGCCGUGCCCGGCCGGACACACGGGGCUGUCCGGGGAUCAGCCCCGCGGGCGCCUUCCGCCGGGAAGGGAGAGCGGGAUCCCACGGCAUCGCCGCUGCCAAUCGGUAGUUGGCAUCUAAAGUUUCAUUUACAUUUAUGAAACUGCCGCUCGGAGCCAAGCAGGCGCGGUGCUGCCGGCCCCGUACCCGCGGGCAGGGCUCGCAGCCGGGCGCACGGAGGGAUCGCGCGUGGCGGCGUGGAACAGCCGGUAUUUACAAAAAUCCCGGGACUCACACUGUACCAGACAAGGGUGCGACUUGGACGGUUCCAGUUUAACUGUGAAGUCAUGCUAGAACAACUACUGAGCUGUAAAUUGGAAGGAAGAUAAUUUCUUCUUGUGGAGGAAAAGAAAGGUGAAUAACUUCAAUGGAAGACUCUCAGGAUCUAAGUGAACAGUCAGUGAAGAAGCCGUGCCCAGAGUCCGAUGGUUCAGAGCCGCAGAAUCCCAGGUCUAUGGAAAUGCAGGAUCUAGCCAGUCCUCAUAAUCUUGUUGGAAGUAGUGAUGCACCAGGCAGUUCCAAACUGGAUAAAUCUAAUCUCAGUAGCACAUCAGUCACAACAAAUGGAACAGGAGGAGACAACAUGACUGUGUUAAAUACUGCAGACUGGUUGCUGAGUUGCAGUACUCCCUCCUCUGCAACAAUGUCUCUUCUUGCAGUCAAAACAGAACCCAUGAACAACAGUGAAACAGCAACAACAACUGGAGAUGCCUCGCUUGACACUUUUACUGGGUCAGUAAUAACAAGUAGUGGCUACAGUCCCAGAUCAGCGCACCAGUACUCUCCACAGAUAUAUCCCUCCAAGCCCUAUCCGCACAUUCUUUCUACACCAGCAGCUCAAACAAUGUCUGCCUAUGCCGGACAAACCCAGUAUUCAGGAAUGCAGCAGCCAGCGGUGUACACAGCCUAUUCCCAGACAGGACAGCCCUACAGCUUACCCACCUACGAUUUGGGUGUAAUGUUGCCAGGCAUCAAGACAGAAAGUGGGCUCUCGCAGACCCAGUCUCCACUGCAGAGCGGGUGCCUCAGUUACAGCCCAGGGUUUUCCACCCCACAGCCAGGCCAAACACCCUACUCUUACCAGAUGCCAGGUUCUAGUUUCACACCAUCGUCCACUAUUUAUUCAAACAAUUCUGUUUCAAAUUCUACAAACUUCAGUAGCUCACAGCAGGAUUAUUCGUCAUACACAGCUUUUGGCCAAAAUCAGUAUGCACAGUAUUACUCAGCAUCAACAUAUGGAUAUAUGACCUCAAACAACACGGCUGAUGGCACUUCAUCGUCAUCAACCUACCAAUUACAGGACUCUCUCCCCAGCUUGACUGGUCAACCAGGUACAGACCUACAUUCAGGGGAGUUUGACACAGUACAGAGUCCCUCCACGCCAAUCAAAGAUCUUGAUGAGAGAACAUGUAGGAGUUCUGGGUCAAAGUCUCGGGGUAGAGGGCGGAAGAAUAAUCCAUCACCCCCUCCGGACAGUGACUUGGAGCGUGUAUUUGUUUGGGAUUUGGAUGAAACAAUCAUAGUUUUUCAUUCGCUGCUUACAGGAUCGUAUGCACAGAAGUAUGGCAAGGAUCCACCCAUGGCAGUGACCCUUGGACUGCGAAUGGAAGAAAUGAUUUUUAAUCUUGCUGACACACAUUUAUUUUUUAAUGAUUUAGAGGAAUGUGAUCAAGUUCAUAUAGAUGAUGUUUCUUCUGAUGAUAAUGGACAAGACCUAAGUACCUACAGUUUUGCAACUGAUGGCUUCCAUGCAGCUGCAAGUAGUGCAAACCUUUGUCUGCCAACAGGUGUAAGAGGAGGGGUUGACUGGAUGAGGAAGCUGGCUUUCCGUUACAGAAGAGUAAAAGAGUUGUAUAAUACUUACAAGAACAACAUAGGAGGACUCCUGGGUCCCGCUAAAAGAGAUGCAUGGUUGCAAUUAAGAGCAGAGAUUGAAGCUCUGACAGAUUCCUGGCUAACAAAUGCACUUAAAUCAUUAUCAAUUAUCAGCACAAGGAGUAAUUGUGUAAACGUGUUGGUAACAACAACCCAGCUUAUCCCAGCACUUGCAAAAGUUCUACUAUACAGCUUAGGAGGAGCUUUUCCUAUUGAAAAUAUAUACAGUGCAACCAAAAUAGGAAAAGAAAGUUGCUUUGAACGAAUAAUGCAAAGGUUUGGCAGAAAAGUAGUAUAUGUUGUAAUUGGGGAUGGUGUAGAAGAAGAACAGGCAGCAAAAAAGCACAACAUGCCUUUCUGGAGGAUAUCCAGUCACUCGGACCUCUUGGCUCUCCAUCAAGCACUGGAACUAGAGUAUUUGUAACUGUGUUCUAAAG